AUGGUGGAGGCGGCGCCCCCGGGGCCCGGGCCGCUGCGGAGGACCUUCCUGGUGCCCGAGAUCAAGUCGCUGGACCAAUACGAUUUCCCGCGGGCCAAGGCGGCCGCGAGCCUGGCGUGGGUGCUGCGGGCCGCGUUCGGGGGCGCAGAGCACGUGCCCCCGGAGCUGUGGGAACCCUUCUAUACAGACCAGUACGCUCAGGAGCACGUGAAACCCCCGGUGACGCGGCUGCUGCUCUCGGCCGAGCUCUACUGCCGGGCCUGGCGCCAGGCGCUGCCGCAGCUCGAGACACCCCCCAACCCCGCUGCGCUGCUGGCCUUGCUGGCGCGGAGGGGCACGGUGCCCGCGCUGCCCGAGCGCCCGGUGCGGGAGGCCGACCUGAGGCACCAGCCCAUUCUCAUGGGAGCCCACCUAGCUGUCAUUGACGCCCUUAUGGUUGCCUUCGCCUUCGAGUGGACAAAGACACUGCCGGGUCCCAUGGCCCUGACCAGCCUAGAACACAAGCUCCUUUUCUGGGUGGACACGACCGUCCGACGGCUGCAAGAAAAGACCGAGCAGGAAGCGGCCCAGCGAGCAUCUCCUGCAGCCCCUACAGAUGGGACAGCCCCAGCACAGCCCUCGUGCCCCACACGCUGGUACUGGAAGCUGGUUCCUCACGCAAUUGCCUUCUGUUUAAAGGAGUCGGGGAGCAAACCCCCCAUGAUCCGAUACCGCAAGGACCGCGCUGUGGCCCGACGCGCCCCCUGCUUUCCAACUGUAACUAACCUCCAGGACCUGGCCAGUGGGGCCGCACUGGCUGCCACAAUCCACUGCUAUUGUCCCCAGUUGUUGCGACUUGAGGAGGUAUGCCUCAAGGACCCUAUGUCUGUGGCGGACAGCCUCUACAACCUCCAGCUGGUACAGGAUUUCUGUGCCUCCCGCCUUCCUGGUGGCUGUCCGCUGUCCCUCGAGGACUUGCUCUAUGUCCCGCCGCCCCUCAAGGUCAACCUGGUGGUUCUGCUGGCCGAGAUGUUCAUGUGCUUUGAGGUGCUGAAGCCUGACUUUGUACAGGCCAAGGACUUGCCUGAUGGUCAUGCCGCCUCCCCCAGGGGCACUGAGGCCUCCCCACCUCAGGUCAGCAGUGGUGGCAGUUCUCCUGUCUUCAACUUCCGUCACCCGCUUCUGUCACCUGGUGGCCCCCAGUCCCCACUCCGAGGAUCCACAGGCUCCCUGAAGUCCUCCCCGUCCUUGUCCCACAUGGAGGCCCUCGGCAAGGCCUGGAACCGUCAGCUCAGCCGUCCCCUCUCCCAGGCUGUGUCAUUCAGCACCCCCUUUGGCCUGGACAGCGACGUGGAUGUUGUCAUGGGAGACCCCGUCCUGCUCCGCUCUGUCAGUUCCGACAGUCUGGGGCCUCCACGUCCUGUGCCAGCCCGGACCCCCGCCCAGCCAUCCCCGGAGCCUGGCGACCUGCCUACUAUCGAGGAGGCCCUGCAGAUUAUCCACAGUGCCGAGCCCCGGCUGCUCCCGGACGGGGCUGCCGAUGGCAGCUUCUACCUCCACUCCCCCGAGGGGCCACCCAAACCACCACUGGCCUCCCCCUACCCUCUCGAGGGGGCCUCCAAACCACGGUCUGAUGGACCCGCCAAAGCACCUGCCUACUUCCCCCACCCUGAGACACCCUCAAAACUAUCUCCCUGCCUGGCAGGGGAGGUGUCAAAACCACUGGCCCCGUCUGAGGAGUCCUCGAAGGUGGUGGCUUCGUCCCCUGCAGCCACCAACACCGAAGUGAAGAUGACCAGCUUUGCUGAACGCAAGAAGCAGCUGGUGAAGGCCGAGGCUGAGGCCGGAGCGGGGUCCCCCACGUCCACUCCGGCAGCACCGGAGGCCCUGAGCUCAGAGAUGAGUGAGCUGGGAGCCCGGCUGGAGGAAAAGCGCCGGGCUAUAGAGGCUCAAAAGCGGCGGAUCGAGGCCAUCUUUGCCAAGCACCGCCAACGACUGGGCAAAAGUGCCUUCCUGCAGGUGCAGCCACGAGAGGCUGCCGGGGAGGCCGAGGCAGAGGCUGAGCCAGGCCUGGUCCCUGGUGGGGAGCGGCCAGCAGGCGAGGGUCAGGGUGGUGAGCCGUCCUCACGGCCCAAGGCAGUGACCUUCUCGCCAGAGCUGGGCCCGGUGCCCCCCGAGGGCCUGGGGGAGUACAACCGGGCGGUCAGCAAGCUGAGCGCUGCAUUGAGCUCGCUGCAACGGGACAUGCAGAGGCUCACGGACCAGCAGCAGAGGCUUCUGGCCCCGCCAGAGGCCCCUGGACCUGCCCCGCCCCCCGCGGCGUGGGUCAUCCCCGGUCCCACGACAGGGUCCAAAGCUGCAUCCCCCAGCCCCGUCCGGCGCACCCCAGCCACCAGGCGCAGCCCCGGGCCGGGGCCCAACCCGGCACCCCGCAGCCCCAAACACACGCGGCCGGCGGAGCUGCGGCUGGCGCCCCUGACACGGGUGCUCACGCCACCCCACGACGUCGACAGCCUCCCCCACCUGCGCAAGUUCUCGCCGAGCCAGGUGCCCGUGCAGACACGAUCCUCUAUCCUCCUGGCGGAGGGGCCGCCUCCCGAGGAGCCUGCCGCCCGGCCUGGCCUCAUUGAGAUCCCACUGGGCAGCCUGGAAGAGCCCCCCGCUGAGGACGAGGGAGAUGGGAGCCCCCCUGGUGCUGAGGAUUCCCUAGAAGAAGAGGCAUCUUCAGAGGGAGAGCCCCGGACUGGGCUCGGGUUCUUCUAUAAGGAUGAAGACAAGCCUGAGGAUGAGAUGGCCCAGAAGCGGGCCAGCCUGCUGGAGCGGCAGCAGCGGCGGGCAGAGGAGGCGCGGCGGCGUAAACAGUGGCAGGAGGCAGAGAAGGAGCAGCGGAGGGAGGAGGUUGCGAGGCUGGCCCAGGAGGAUGCCCCCUGCCCGGCCCCUGCCGCCCCCACACCUCCCACGGUCCCUGCAGCGACCACAGUCCCUGCGGUGACCCCAGCCCCUGCUGCCCGGGCCCCAGCCGAGGAGGAGGUGGGCCCCCGGAGGGGGGAGUUCACACGGCUGGAGUACGAGCGCCGGGCCCAGCUGAAACUGAUGGACGAUCUCGAUAAGGUGCUGCGGCCCCGGGCCUCAGGGACCGGGGGGCCAGGUCGGGGCGGGCGAAGGGCUGCCCGGCCUCGCUCUGGUUGCUGUGAUGACUCUGCCCUGGCGAGAAGCCCAGCCCGUGGCCUGCUGGGCUCUCGCCUCAGCAAGGUCUACUCCCAGUCCACCCUGUCACUGUCCACCGUGGCCAAUGAGGCCCCCAAUAAUCUCGGGGUGAAGAGGCCCACAUCUAGGGCUCCAUCCCCGUCCGGCCUCAUGUCCCCAAGCCGCCUGCCUGGUAGCCGCGAACGCGACUGGGAGAAUGGCAGCAACGCCUCCUCCCCAGCGUCGGUGCCCGAGUACACAGGUCCACGGCUGUAUAAGGAGCCCAGCGCCAAGUCCAACAAGUUCAUUAUCCACAACGCCCUGGCGCACUGCUGCCUGGCGGGCAAGGUGAACGAACCGCAGAAGAACCGCAUUCUCGAGGAAAUUGAGAAGAGCAAGGCCAACCACUUCCUGAUCCUCUUUCGAGACUCAAGCUGCCAGUUCCGAGCACUGUACACGCUAUCGGGGGAGACAGAGGAGCUGUCGCGGCUGGCGGGCUACGGCCCCCGGACAGUCACACCCGCCAUGGUAGAGGGCAUUUACAAGUACAACUCGGACCGCAAGCGCUUCACCCAGAUCCCUGCCAAGACCAUGUCCAUGAGCGUCGAUGCCUUCACCAUCCAGGGACACCUCUGGCAGACCAAGAAACCCACGACUCCCAAGAAAGGCAGUGGCACCCCCAAAUAGCCCUGUCCUGGGUGGUCUGCGGGCCGGGACCCAGGUGCUCUGGCCACCGCCCCCAUGGAGGACAGUUGGUAUUCUUGUGUUCUGUCUGUCCCCAACUGUGUCUGGGUGGGGCUGGAGUCCCCACCCCCUGACUUUGAGUCUGGCCCUGCUGUGGGGGCUGAGCUGGGAGUUUCAGGGACUCAGCUCAAUCCCCUUGUCUGUCCAAC